AUGCCUCAUUCGGUUUUCUCACACCUGAUCCUAAACCUUAUACCGCCACACUCCGCCGGACGCUUGAUUGCUCUGAUCUCACCGUUCGUACACGCAACGGCCUCCUCGACUCGCCAUGAAAGUUGCCGUCUCCGGUUUCUCCGUCGGAGACUGGCCAAAUCAAUAGCUCCUAAAUGGAUCUCGGCUGCGCGCAGAAACGAAACUAGAAUUAGGUUUUCCGCCAUAUCGCAGCCUCGCUCAGCCAAACAAAAGGUCCUCACUCAACACGAAGCAAAACAAUCGCUCCUAAACGGAUCUAAUUCUCGCCGACCACCCGCAACUGUAUCUCCGUUCUCAGCCGUUUCGAAGACUCUCCGAAAAACAAUCGGCGAUCCGACAACACGCAUCAACUGUCCACACUCUCCCCCGUCCUGCAGGCUCUCUCCGAUUAUACAGAUGCAUGCCCGUCCGUCAAUCUUUAGAAAAGAAAUUAUAUAUCUUUCAUCGUCUCAUUUGAAGAAAGCGGUGCCGUUUGAAAUCCAUUCGGCUUCCUUCCUCUGUUUACUCGAGAACUCCAAUCAAUUUGUAACCCCUACAUCCGAUUCGAAUUCCUCUUCGAUGCCUUUAAAAUAG